AUGGACAGUGAAAUUGCUGCUCUUGAAUUAAACAAUACUUGGGACAUUAUUACUCUCCCUCAAGGAAAAACUUCUAUUGGAUCCAAGUGGGUUUACAAAAUAAAAUACCAUGCGGAUGGCACCAUUGAAAGACACAAGGUUCUUCAUCAAUUUGACGUUUACAACGCCUUCUUACAUGGAAAAUUAGAAGAAGAGGUUUACAUGAAACUCCCUCCAGGAUACUUGGUUAAAGGGAAAGACAAAGUGUGCAAGCUGAAAAGAAGUCUAUAUGGCCUUAAACAGGCUUCUCGUCAGUGGCAUGCUAAAUUCUCAUCAUCCUUACUUAGCUUUGGUUUUAUUCAAUCUAGAGCUAAUUAUAGUCUCUUCACCAAGCAAUCUGGACAUUCUUUCCUUGCACUAGUCGUAUAUGUUGAUGACAUAGUCGUGGCCUCUAAUGAUCCUCAAGCUGUUUCAGACCUCAAGAGUUUUGUGCUCACCAAAUUCAUGAUUAAAGAUCUCGGCAUACUAAAGUAUUUCUUAGGUUUGGAAGUGGCGAGAAAUUUCAUUGGUAUUCAUCUCUGUCAGCAUAAAUAUGCACUUGAUAUAUUGCAUGAUUCUGAUCUAAUUGGUUGCAAACCAAGCACAACACCCAUGGACUCUAAUCUCAAGCUCUCAAAAGAUGAAGGUACUCUACUUGACAGGCAACUCCUUUAUUUGACCAUUACAAGGCCGGACUUAACUUUUUCAACUCACUUGCUCAGCCAAUACAUGGCAGCCCCUCGUCUCCCCCAUCUUCAAGUAGCAUAUAAGGUGCUAAAAUAUGUCAAGAAUUCUCCUACACAAGGUCUGUUUUUCGCUGCAUCCUCUUCCCGUCAUCUCACUACAUAUUGUGAUUUGAAUUGGGCUUCUUGCCCCAAUACAAGAAGAUCCACCACUGGUUAUUGUGUAUUUCUUGGUCAAUCUCUCAUUUCAUGGAAAUCCAAGAAGCAAACUACCAUUUCUCGAAACUUUGCUGAAGCUAAAUAUCGAUUAAUGGCAGCUACCUCAUGUGAGAUUGUAUGGCUCAAAUAUCUUCUUGGUGAUCUCAAAGUUAUGCACUCACAACCUGCUAUAGCCAAUCUGCUUUGCACAUUGCAGCUAAUCCCAUUUUUCACAAACGUACCAAACAUAUUGAAUUAG